GUAAAAUGUUGUGGCCAGUUUGCAUUGUGUAUUUGUGUUGCAUGAUUUUCAUGGUAAAUGCUGGGCAUCCGACCAAGAAUUACUGCGCAGUCAGUUUAUGUCCUAACAGUAAGCAUGUGGCCUGCGGAAUGAAUCCAGACUCUUUCGACGAAACAUGUAGCAUCGAUGCUGAGGUCAUCUCCAUGACUAAGAAGCUGCGUGCCUUUUUAAUAAAACGUAUAAAUACGUUGCGCAACAUGGUGGCACGAGGUGGAUUUAACGGCUUUAGUGCAGCUGCCAAUAUGGGCACCGUCGUGUGGGACAAGGAACUGGCCUUUCUGGCAGAGAUGAAUGUGCGCAAUUGUUAUUUGCACUAUGAUCCCUGCCGCAAUACGGACAGCUUUAAGAAUGUCGGGCAGACGGUUGCCUAUCGUGGUUACAGGGGCACAAUACCCGACUUGGAUGAUAUUUUAUACACACAACUUCAAUUAUGGUUUAACGAGGAGCAAAAUGUGACGAUGCACGACAUCGCCAAAUACAAGAACCCAUAUGGUAAUCCAAGGUUGAACUUCAUGCAACUUGUGCAUGACAACGUCCACAGCAUGGGCUGCGCGGCUCUACAACAGUCAAAUAAUGGAUGGCUGCAAACAUUUUUAACCUGCAACUUUAAUCAGGCGCCCGUUGUGGGCCAGCCGGUUUACGUUCAGAGUCUUCACCCAGCUGAAUCCUGCAAAUCUGGUAAAAAUCCAUUAUUCGUAAAUCUUUGCUCUGAAAAUGUGACCAAGCACAGGGCAGCAGCAAAUCAGACAACUAAGAAUAGCAAAGAAACUAAAACCCAGCGAGGUGUAGCGAGUCGUAGAACUAAAUCUGAUGAGGCAGGUACGAAUAAUACAAUUCCUGACGGAGAGCAAACAAAUGAGAACAUGCUGAAUCCUGGGGAAGCGACAAAUAAAACUGUUAAUGACGUUCAAAAUGCUACACAGGGCGCUCUAAAUUCAACAGAGGGUGCUCUAAAUUCUACACAGGGCGCUCUGAAUGCUACACAGGGCGCUCUAAAUUCAACAGAGGGUGCUCCAAAUUCUACACAGGGCGCUCUGAAUGCUACACAGGGCGCUCUAAAUUCAACAGAGGGUGCUCUAAAUGCUACACAGGGCGCUCUAAAUGCUACACAGGGCGUUCAAAAUGCUACACAGGGCGUUCAAAAUGAUACCCAAAAUGAUGAUGACUUACAAAACGAAGAAUCCGCCAAUAAUGACUAUUGGCGGAACAAGUUCCAUAGAUUUACGGAAAAUGUGAAAAAAUCGUUAAAAAAGGGCAAAGAUCGCAACGUUGUGAUGUUAACCAUGAACCAUGAAGUCGACAUUGACAAGAUAUCAAAAAUGGAUUUCCAAGAUGCACUAGUGCGCACGCGCGAAUUGCGUAUUGAGAACACUAUCGAGAAUCGCGCACUGCCAAUUCGUAAUCGUGGCAUCUCAUCUAGAACAUUUGCUUCAGGACCCAAAGUCAUGCUAAGAACCCAAAAAACAAAGCACCACAGCAGAGGUGUGGCUAAAUGGCGCACACUUUGACGCUAACAGCGGUUUUUGAAUUCUUAGAAAUUCGGUAAAAAUUAGAUGAGGUUUGUAAACCUUCAAUUCUGAUGUGUACGACAUUUUACUAGCAAUUUGCAUUCAUAAAUUUAAUUUUAAGAACCUUAUGUAUGCGCUGUUGGUUGACAAUUUUAUUAAAUCUAUGAUGAAAUCUA